AUGAACAAUGAAGGAACCGAUGUGGAUCUGGAAAAACGGCGGCUCAUGAGCCAAUUACAUCAGUGUUUUUAUUUGAGGAAUAUAAUUCCUUCAUUUUUCCUAUGGCGUCUCUGCAACUACCACUCUCUCUCCUCAUAUUUUCUCUCUCCAUACUCUCCACCGUCUCCCAGCCAUACUAGCCGCUGCCUACGCCUCAGUCCAUCAUCGACGCCGCCGAAACCCUGGCCAGCUCGGGGUACACCGCCAUGUCCCUCACCCUCUAGCUCAUCGCCCCCGUCCUGCCCCUCCCCGCCGGACUCCUCCUUCUCCGCCUACGGUAAGCCGUCUCUCACCCACCUCCUCCUUCACUUUUUCCCUCCCUCUCUCUCCCUGUCAUCCCUCCUCUCCCUGCCCUUCGCCUCCACAGUCCCGUCCCUCUCCCCCGCCAGCCACCUUGUCGUGACCUCCGGCCAGCCCGUACAAAUAUCCAUCAACAAACGCAAUUGA